UUGCUGCGGCGCGGCGGAGAAUCUGCCCGUCAUCCCGUUCAAUCAAUCAAUCCCAGGCUUUUGCUCACUUUCUCUCUUUACACCAGAGUCUCCCAUGUCGACCCAGGUUGCAGGUGGCCUCGAUCUGCCAUGAUCCUGCGGCCUUCUUUGCUGAGGCCCGUAUCGGUGCUGGACUCGCGCCUGGUGUGCUCGAGAUGUCUGUCGCGGCUGGCACGACCGCAGCCGGGGUUUUCCACGCGCGGCUUCGUUCUCUCGGCGGCCCUUCAGUCCGGCACGGCUGAUGGACAGACGGCCCCGCGGGUGUUUAAGAAGGAGUAUUUUUCCUCGAAUAAUGCGUCCAAUGUUGCUUUAGGGGAAAAGAAUUUGUUUGCCUCGCUCUCCACUUCCAAUGGCUCCGCUGGCGCAAAGGCAGCGUCUAUCAAUACAUCGGCUUCAUCGACGACCGAGACAGUGACCGGAGGAUCAGUAAAAGGAUCAACUACGUCCGAUCUUCCUCAGGAAUUCCCACACAGACGGAGGAAGCGAUUAAAGGAAGAAGCCGGGAAUAAUGACGCAGAAAAUGCCCUCCCUCUGGACGCUUCCGCGCAGCUGUCCGCUAUCUCCUCGUCCCUCCCUACAACUUCAAUCCGCCGGAAGCUGGCUGCGUAUUUCGCUCUCACCAAACCUCGCCUUUCCUUUCUCAUUCUUCUGACGACGACUUCUGCGUACGGCCUUUACCCCAUAUCCACCCUCCUCGCCCUCGAUCCCUCCAUGACCCAGCUCCCCACCUUUUCGACAUCCACCCUCACCUUCCUCUAUCUCACAACGGGGACGUUUCUGUCCUGUUCCAGCGCCAACACCUGGAAUAUGUACUUCGAGCCUCAGUAUGAUGCACGCAUGUCACGGACUCGCAACCGGCCCCUGGUUCGUGGAUUGCUUUCCAAGCGUGCGGCGUUUCUCUUCGCGAUCGGGACUGCGGCUACAGGUCUGACACUUCUCUAUGUUGGCACGAAUCCGACCGUGGCUGCAUUGUCAGCGGCCAAUAUUGUCCUCUAUGGAUUCAUUUAUACUCCCCUCAAACGUAUACACGUCAUUAAUACCUGGGUGGGUGCGAUCGUUGGUGGAAUUCCGCCGCUGAUGGGCUGGGUUGCUGCUGCGGGUCAGACUGCCACAACCGGCCAUGAUACUUGGCGGGACAUGCUGUUUGGCGAGAACAGUGCGGGUGGAUGGCUUCUCGCUGCCCUGCUGUUCGCGUGGCAGUUCCCUCACUUCAACGCGUUGUCCCAUACCAUCCGCGAAGAGUACAAGGCAGCGGGGUACAAGAUGAUGGCCUGGGUGAAUCCGGCACGGAAUGGACGUGUCGCACUCCGGUAUUCCAUCCUCAUGUUCCCGAUCUCGGUCGGCCUGUGGUGGGUUGGCGUGGUCGACAAGGGCUUUUUGGUCAGUAGCAGUCUGGCCAACGGAUGGCUGGUCCGGGAAGCCUAUCGCUUUAUGAAGCAUGAAGGUGCCAAGGGCACCGCACGUGGACUGUUCUGGGCCAGCGUCUGGCAGCUGCCAAUCCUUAUGGUCGGUGCGCUCGUGACGAAGAAGGGGCUCUGGGAUGGCGUGUGGCGGCGAGUGUUUGGCGAGGAGGAGGAGGAUGAGGAUGAGGAUGACGACCUAUACGACGAUGAAGAAGACAUGAUUGUUCCUGCAGAUGCCAGUCAUGGCAAUAAAAUGCGGCUUUCCACUGUCAGAUCUCUUACAGGGUGAGAGGAAUAUCCAGAUUCGAGGUCUUUCCGGGUUCAUCAUAUAUCCCAUAGAACGACGUCUCCAGUCAUUUACUUUUAUUUUUUUUUACCCCUGAUCGAGGGUCUGUUAUUCGAUCAAAAUGUACUGUACAAUACGGGAAUGAAAUUUUGGUUCCAUCCAUCCAGUUCUACAUAUAGAUAGGUCGGGCCGUCCAGCUUUGCCCUUAGUAUCAAUAACUAAACUCCGAAGACUGAAUUCCAG